AAGAAACCAACUUAACAAACACGCUAUCGACAAAACCAACAAUACCAAAUGAGUUAGAUGAGAUCCUCAAUUACUUAAAAAAUAAUGAUAUCGACACAACACAACUAACUCUUCCCAUCACAGACCAAAAGGCUGCCUCUGAAACCCUCAAAAUAUUACAUCAAUAUUUCACAAGCAAAACUAUACCAAACUCCAUUUUAGCACUCCCACCUCUCCCAGAACCUACCUGGUGA